CACCACGUACGCGGGUGAGGAGGUUACGUGGUGGCGGUGGUGACGCAGUCACGCAGAGGCUGGGUAGUCACGAGACAGCGUCAACACGAGAGGCCCCCCCACAGCCAGAGCCGGGCUCCUGUUAGCCCCCCACCGCCAGGCAGAAUGUCGGAGUUCUGGCUGAUUUCGGCCCCGGGCGACAAGACGUGCCAGCAGACAUGGGAGAAGCUGAAUGCCGAGACCACACGCAACAACAGCCUCUCGGCCAACUUUAAGUUCCAGAUCCCAGACCUCAAGGUGGGCACCCUGGAUGUUCUGGUGGGCCUCUCCGAUGAACUCGCCAAGCUGGACACCUUUGUGGAAACCGUGGUAAAGAAGGUUGCUCAGUACAUGGCCGAGGUGCUGGAAGACUCCCGUGACAAAGUGCAGGAAAACCUCCUCGCCAACGGAGUUGACCUCUUCACCUACGUGACACGCUUCCAGUGGGACAUGGCCAAGUACCCCAUCAAGCAAUCUCUCAAGAACAUAUCCGACAUAAUAGCCAAGGGCGUCUCUCAGAUUGACAAUGACCUCAAGUCUCGCGCGUCCGUGUACAACAACCUCAAGGGCAGCCUGCAGAGUCUUGAGAGGAAGAACACUGGCAGCCUGAUGACGCGUAGCCUGGCUGACAUCGUCCGUAAGGAGGACUUUGUCUUGGACUCGGAGUACCUCGUCACCCUGCUCGUCAUCGUGCCCAAGGCCGCAUACACUGAGUGGAACAAAGUGUACGAGACGCUGACGGACAUGGUGGUGCCACGCUCCACCAAGUUGAUCGUGGAAGACCAAGAGGGUGGUAUGUUCACGGUCACCCUGUUCCAGAAAGCUGUCGAUGACUUCAAGCACAAGGCGCGUGAAAGCAAGUUCACCGUGCGGGAGUUCCAGUACAACGAGGUGGAGCUGGCAGCCGACAAGGAGGAGAUCACGCGCCUCGCCUCCGACAAGAAAAAGCAGUUUGGUCCCUUGGUGAGGUGGCUCAAGGUGAACUUCUCGGAGGCGUUCAUCGCGUGGACGCACGUGAAGGCGCUGCGGGUGUUCGUGGAGUCUGUGCUCCGGUAUGGACUCCCAGUGAACUUCCAGGCCAUGCUGCUGCAUCCCAACAAGAAGAUGGUUCGCAAGCUGCGGGAAGUGCUCAAUGGACUUUACAAGCACCUCGACAGCAGCGCCGCCGCCAUCAUCGAUGCGAGUAUGGACAUCCCUGGGCUGAACCUGAGUCAGCAGGAGUACUACCCAUACGUGUACUACAAGCUGGACCUCAACCUGCUCGACUACAAGUGAAUCCCUCAGCCUCCUCCCUCGUCACUGCAGUGAGCCCCGCCCUGCGUCUCAAGCCUCUUCCCCCCUCCCACUCCUCCGCUCCCCCGUGGCUCCUGCAGCCACACGUAUAGUGCUGAGACUGCUCCUUACUGCGCAUUCCCUCCCUAUAGGAGCAGAAACCCCCCCCCCCUCCAUGUCCAUUUCAGGCGGAUUCAGAAAGCAUGUCACUAUCGCUUGACAGUAGGGUUGCCGUGAUGGGACACUACGGUGUUCCGUAAGACGCUACAAGGUCCGUAAUAAUUGUAUAGUCUGUUUUGCAUAUUGUCGUAAUAUCGUGACUAUUGCUGAUUCUUCAUAGUUUAAUUUUGUAAAAAAAAUAUUUAUUAAGUAAUUGACGUGAUGAUUCAAGUUCGAAACGAAUUGCUGUUGUCCGUUAAAUUGGUGCUUUGCAAAGUUUUUUUAUAGGAGUAAAUUAACGGCCAGGCAAUUACAUGACGCAUUGUUUCUAAUCACUUAAUUAUUGUGUGACUGACAGCAUGUGCGUUUUCAGCAUUACGGAUUGUAAAGUUGCAAUGAUUAUAUGACUGACUUUCUGGUAGGCUUACAGUUGAGCGAACUACAGUUGACGAACUUUUACGUAAUCUUUUCUUUGUACUGCCAAGUACAGCAAAGCACGACAACAGUACAAUUGCAUUGCGGACAUACAAUUGCAAAGUUUCGGGAAAACUGACAAUACCAUAAUUGUCAUAUCAUGAACCGUAUUGUCAAAAAACCUUGUUGUGAAAAAUGAUAUCGCGACCAACCCUUCUAAGCAGCAUGCCUCCUGUAGAACACUCCUACUCCUGCCCCCCAUCCCCGAAUCAGCAGCACAACCCCUGUACCCAAAGCCCAACAUUCCGUCACAGUGGGCUCACUGUCUGUAAUGAUUAACACUGUAUUGCUGUGCUGCUGCGGCUGCUGCUGUAGGUGUGUUGUAAUAAAUUGGCUUAGUUAUUGUCUUGUGCGUUCCAUGUCAGGGUCGUCUUCGUGACUAGUGUUGAUGUUUGAUGUCGGAGAAUUCAUCUGUGCGUUUUUUUCCCCCCCUACAGCUCAUUGCCCUGACCGACCAUGUUGACACUCGAUUGCCCUACCCUACCGAUGACGUAAGCGGCAGGCUGCAAAUUUGACCCACGUACCAAGUUUGAAAACAAACAUUAGGCAUAUAUAUAAAUGAAAUAUUUAAAAGAAAUGGUAUAUCUUGAAAAUCGGUGUGCAGUAAAAGUAUGUUUUUUAAAUGGGCAGCCUAUCGGUUAAAUCGGUAGCGUUGGAAACAGGGGCGGAGCCAGGAUUUCAGGCCGGGGUGACAUUCAACAAAUGUUAAUUUCAAGAAUGAUUAGAGAGUCAGGCUGUUGAACUAGACGCCAUCGGUUGGUGACACACUCUGACAAUGCAGUUGCACGGAGUCCGCCAGACCGAGUGUCGUACACUUAUACGCAGAAUGCCACCCCUGUCACCCCCCCUGGCUCCGCCCCUGGAUGGAAAGGUUUGUCCGUUUUGGUUUUUUCAUCGGCGUGCUGUUGGGAAAUACGAUAAUUUCACUUUUCAUGUCCCAAUGAUUGCAUUUCAAUAAGUGACCCUGCGAAUUUAAGUGACUCCCAAGUGUCUUGUGCCGGGAUUAUUUCACAAGAAUUUAUGUGGAAACAAUUGUGUAAUUUUAACCUUGAAUGAAACGAUUGUAUUGUGGUCAAAAUAAAUAAUAAACAAAUAAA